AUGGCGUCCGAGCGGAGUGCCGUUUACUGCACGCUCCUGUUGAGCGAUUCAUACUUGCCGGGUGCUAUGGUCCUGGCGCAUUCUUUGCGCGACAAUGGCACAAAGGCAAGGUUGAUCGUCCUGUACACACCGGAUCGAUUACGACAAGAAACGAUCAAUGAAUUAACGACCGUCUACGAUGAGCUGAUCCCAGUAUCUUCGCUGGUAAACGGUACACCCGCAAACCUCUGGCUUAUGGACCGCCCGGACCUCAUCGCGACAUUUACAAAAAUCGAGCUUUGGCGUCUGACCCAGUUCUCAAAAAUCGUGUAUAUCGACUGCGACAUCGUGGCCAUUCGCGCUCCGGAUGAAUUGCUCGCGCUCGAAGUCGACUUUGCAGCGGCACCCGACGUCGGCUGGCCAGAUUGCUUCAACAGUGGGUUGAUGGUACUACGACCUAACCUGCAGGAUUACUAUGCACUGAAGGCGCUGGCAGAUCGAGGCAUUAGCUUCGAUGGCGCGGACCAGGGCCUGCUCAACAUGCAUUUCCGGGACUGGCAUAGGUUGAGCUUCACGUAUAAUUGUACGCCCAGUGCAAACUACCAGUACAUUCCUGCCUAUAAGCAUUUCCAGGGUUCAAUCAGCCUGAUUCAUUUUAUUGGGGCGCAGAAGCCUUGGACUUUGCCGCGACAAGUGGUGCCGCUGGAAUCGCCGUAUAAUCAAUUGCUGGCACGGUGGUGGUCAAUUUAUGAUAGGCAUUAUCGUCCACCAUUUGUAUCUGUUCCCCAACGAGAGAGCGGUGUGCUACUCCCGCCACGAGACAUGGCAGCCCAUCAUGGCCACCGGCAAGCAUCAAGUCAUAGUCCGAAGAGGGUUCAUUUCGAGGAACCAGUUGGGGAGACAUACGUUGAGCAGGGAAUAGAGCCUCAAAGUGCUCCAUCUGGUGAACACGGUCCCGUGGAGUUCCAUGGUGAAGCUGCUCAUACCCAUCAAGACAUGCCAGAGGUCGUAUCGAGUGAUCAACAAACACAAGAUACUACCUGGCAGCAAGAUUCUGGUUACAAAGAUUUUGGUCACCAAGAACCUACUUAUGAUGCCCAUCAGACAGCCCAGGAGAUCACUCCACCAGUCAUACCCGUACUGAGUGCAGUCCCGCAGUAUGUGCGUGGAGAAGAGCAUGUUUCGACUUACAUUGCGCCUGUGCCAAAUACUCAGAUACCGGCUUUCCAGGUUCAGAGAGACCAGCACAUUCAUCACCAACAACCUGAAGCUCCUCCAGAGUAUCAUUCCCACCAACACCACCAGCAACAUGCACCACCGCCAAGCUCGGAUCCGCCAAUUCAUCACCCACAGCCUGUAGCACCCCCAAGGUCGGUGAAUGAGCCCCGCCAACCCUCUCCUCCCCCGGAGCCAGAGGUCCCAUCUUUCGAAGCACCAAGGUCAGAAUGGGAUGCCUCACGAGAGCCACCACCGCUGCACUCCAGGCCAGAAGGAGCCAACUUCAAACACCAAACAUACACCAUGUCUGAAGACACCGCGCUGUUCCAACCACCCCCGUCUUACCCCGAGGCACCGAAAAAUAUGUACUAUCAAGUUCCUCCAACAAAGCCAGAGCCACAGCGAAUCACACAGUUAUUCCCCUGGGAAACGCACGCGCCCAGGCCCACCCGUAUCUUUGCCCCCGAGCAGCCCGUUCCUCUAGCCUCACCACCAGAAGAAGCCCUUCCAGUGCCGCCCACAGAACCGGCAGUUCCAUCCGAGAUCCUGCCAUUCCGAGCCCCCUUCGAGCCCUCUGCCGAGACCUGGGAGUCAUACAAUCGUUCCAACGCAUGGGACGAAGACCCCGACAUCCAACGCUACAUCGAGUCGAUCCAACAAGCGCGACGUGCCCGCACACAACCACCCAAGCACGAGCACACGGUCCAGCCAAGACCUUACGAGCUCUCCCGCAACGACCGUCACAGGACCCCCUCCGGCCACCGGCCCAGCAUCAUCCUCACCGAUUUCCCCACGGAAAUCGAGCGUCCCAGUCUCCCCGUGACACCCGCGCCGAUCCAGCGCAACAGGGGCAUCACCGGCGACGGCGACGAGAAUGAUGCUUCCGGUACGGCCGCCCUCCCUGCUGCCGAGGGGGUCCCGAGCCAGCAGGAAUGGAAUCCCCUGGCCAGUCUGGAAGAACUGCGUCGCCGGCAAUCCGAGGUUUUGGAGCAUCCCGAGCGAUUGGAUGAGCGGCUUGCUGCAGUUGCGAGCAAGUCUGGGUCUUGGUCUGUAGGGCGAGGGUAG